CUGACAUGUUGGCUGAGGAUGAAUUUCUGAGAUCGCCACCAAGGAAGACGGUCAGAUUCGGUGGUACUUUGGCAGAGAUUCUACUGAAGUAUCAACAGGGCAAAACCACUGAGUUUGAUUUGCUGAAGCAUCAGCUGUUGGAUCCAGACAUAAAAGAUGACCAGAUUAUUAACUGGCUCUCUGAAUUCCGGUCUUCUAUUACGUUUUUGACCAAGGAGUUUGAACAACUAAUUUGCAUCCUGUUGAAAGUGCCCUGGUUGAGGAGAAGUCAGCCUGUGGUGGAAGAGUAUCUAGCUUUCCUGAGUAACUUAGUGUCUGCUCAGACAAUCUAUCUUAGGCCAUGCCUGGCGAUGAUCGUCUCACACUUUGUUCCACCCCGAAUAACCAUCCGGGAAAAUGAUGUGGACAUCUCUGAUUCAGACGACGAUGAAAAUGUUGUCGAGAGCUUCACCACUUGCCACAGAGCUUUACAGACAAUUGUGAAAUAUGUCCCUUUGACACCACAAUUUCUGAUGCCAGUGCUGGCUGAAAAAUUUCCCUUUAUUAAUAAAUCAGAAAGAACUUUACAAUGUUACCUCCAUAAUAUACUGCGAAUAAGCGUAUAUAUCCCAGCGUUGAGGCACGACAUUUUGGAGCUGGUUGUUGAGAAGCUGCUAAAAAUAGAUGUAAGUGCCCCAAGAAAAGAUAUUGAAGCUGCCGAAGAAGAUGAAGAGGGAAACAGUGAGAAAGGACUCUUCAAUAUGGAUGAAGAUGGGGAGAAUCCGGAGAAGAGUGACAUCAUGGCUCACCCCAUUGCGGAACGCCUUGACAUCUUGAUGAGUGUGAUGUUUUCCUACAUUAAAGAUGUGUGCUACGUUAAUGGGAAAAUUGAGGUUGGCAACACCAAAGACUUAUACCGAGACCUGGUGGCUGUAUUUGAUAAGCUGAUUUUAACAACCCAUGGAUCGUGUCACGUGCAGUUCAUCAUGUUCUAUCUCUCUAGUUUCAGACUGGUAAUUGCAGAAGCUUUCGUGGAACAUCUCUGGAAAAAGCUACAGAACCCAAAUGUUCCCGCUGUCAUCCGGCAAACCACCGGGAACUACAUUGGCAGCUUUUUGGCACGGGCCAAUUUUAUUCCCAUUGU